AUGCCAUAUCUAAUUGAUAUAUUUUCAUGUAUAUUAAACAGAUCAAUUUGCACAACCACUUCCACCACCACCUGUCAACCUACUCGUACUUGCGAUGAAGAUUCAUCCCCAAAUUUUAAAUAUAAAGCUACUGAUACUUGUAAGGAUGGCUACCCAAAAACUGUUGGUAUUGAGGAUUCUGAUACCACCCCCUCCCCAAAACAAUCUGUUAUUGUCGUUUCGGGUGGUCACAAAUCCCCAAGCAG